AUCUUUAACGGAAAACAGCAUACAAGCACUAGACAAGCGCAUAGAUGCGAUUCAGAUGGUAUUUCAUGUUUUUGCUACCAUGCUCGCUUUUUCUCUAGUACACUCAUCUGACAAACCAUGAUUUCACAGCUCAUUCAAUCCCAGAAUCAUGCUAUGCAAGCUAUACAGGACCAGCAGCAUUCAAUACUAACUGCGGUACUCCCCCUUCUUCCACUUACACAAGCCUUCCCAUUGCAUGUAGACCAGCUCAAAACUUCUAUAGCCGAUAACGUCUCAUCCAGCAUGUCAAGCCUGAGCCGCGAUAUAGACGGCAUGAAGUCCACUUUAUCCAGUCUAUCCGCUCGAGCUCCUUCUGACACCAUACGAGGUGUUUACCAGCCAGCUCUAGGACUUACACCCCCUCGUCGUUCUGGGGAUUCCACCCGCAAGCGCGCCAAUUCUUGGUUAGAUCGAGGCGAUACAGUUCCAGGCCCCUCCCAAACCAAUCGGUCCCACUCUUUUGCCCCGAUGCAUAGCCCUCGCAUAGAUCGUCACAAGAAACCACGAUUGGAUAGCAUAUUGCCAACCGGCUCUCCUCGACUCAUGAAACAGACAUCUCAUACGGCGAAUCCCCCAGAAAAAUACGCCCUUGAUUUGCGUGGGUCAUCAAAUGCCGAUGGGUUGGUUUCUCCCGCUCGUGGCCUCGUGACCAACAACGGCUACCCUGCAGCCCCAAGGCCCAAACACUCCACAAGGAUGCCUCUCGCUGACAUAUUGCCUUCUGCUCUAGUCAAUAAAGUUACAGCGUCUCCAAAGCCUGUCGAUUCUGUCCCACCAUCUGCCAACGAGAAAUAUAGGAAGAGAACAACGGAAUCGCCACCUCGAGUUCUACCCAUCCCUCCGCAGCCGAUCUCGAAGGCUAUCAAGUUGGAAGAAGUUCUUCGCUCGCCCUUGAGAUGUUAUAUCUCCAUCCCGCCGUCACCACUAUCGUCUUUGUCUCCGUCUCCGUCCCCAGCCCCGGCCCAAUCCGUUUUGAAAAAUCAGGUUCACCAUGCUACAGGUGGAAUAGCGCGGCGCCAAGUCACAUUCGCUGCGCCGUCUCAGACAUUCACCUCGUCCACCCUUCCUGGUCCUGCAGUACCGUCAUUACCUACGCUUGAUUCCAUGUCCGCAUCAAUGAGUUUGCGUGAUCGGCGCGCACAGAUGUCUAUGGUGAGUACCAGUGCAUGUUCGCGGGACGGUUGGCUCAACCAUGUGCUUCGAAGCUCGGGCGUACUGCUUCCAGUGUAAAGCGCUUCAUCCCUCUGAGUUCCUCCUCCGAUGAAGAAGGCUGAAAACCGCAUACAUUUUCUUUGCUCUUCUCUUUUUGCUGUUUAAUACCCAUUAUCACCACUUGUAGAUAAGAUAAAUGAUGUCCAACGAUACUCAAAUCUGCUCGAGAGGGCUCAUCUUCGAAUCACAUGUCUUUGACUUGUUCCUCCAGC